AUGGACGCGAGUGGCAAUGUGCCUGUGCGACAGGGAGCGCGAAUGCGCAAGAUGCUCCUGUUGUGCGGCGCGGGCCUCGUGGCUGCAGUUUUGUUGGUGGCUGUCCCCAUUGACUUUGGCGGUGGCAGCAACAACAGCGACAACAGCGCGUCGGGUGCAGCGUCGAGCAGCGACAACACCAACAGCAACACCGACACAAACACGGCGACCGGGCUAUCUGGUGCCGGCUCUGCUUCUACAACGCAGUCAUGUACGCGCGUGUACGAUGGCGUUCUCGAUUGCUCCAAUGCCACGUCCCGGCGGCUGGUGAGCGAAAGUGGCGCCUGCGCUGUCGCGUCCGUGGUGGAGUGCUGCUGCGACGAGUUCUACGCGCUGGAACUUGUGCUGGGUUCCAUUGCCGUGUCGAGGAACACCACGGAGCUGCAGUUUGGUGAUGUGCAGUACGUCGGAGGGGAUGUGGUUGUCCCUGGCUCUUACUACGACACUGGCGUGUUGGUGUCUGCGGCGUUUGAGGCGCUGCAGUUUGUUGGCGGGGACGUACAGAUGGUCUUCAACCACGUGACCCAGGUAAGCACUGGGCAGCUCACAAACCUCAACGGCUCGCUCCUGCUGGCCUACAACGACAUCACCAGCUUCGACUUUGGCGGCCUGAGCAUUGUCAACGGUGACGUGGACCUGAGCAACAACGCGCUGACGACCAUUGACUUUGGCGCUCUCACGCGCGUGGAAGGCGACGUCGACCUCGCCUACAACCGCCUGACGAACAUUGACACCUUCGCCCGCCUGCGCACCAUUGCCGGCCGCCUCGACCUCAGCUCAAACCGGCUCACGAAGCUCGUCGUGGACACACUGCCGAACACCAUCGACGAAGGCGCGUCCUAUGCCUGCAACGCUGUGUCGCGGCUUGACUGGUCUGGCGUGUUCAGCACCACGGGCCUGUGCCUUGCUGGCAAUGACCUGACAUCACUGGAACUCGGGUACACACGACGAAUCGAUGGGUCGCUGAAUCUCGAAGACAAUGACAUCGCCAGCAUUGACUUUGGGUUCCUCACCACCAUUGACGGCAGCCUGGUUGUUUCGAAUAACGACUUGGCUGCCGUGGACAUGUUCUCGCUUGCGUCUGUCACAGGCUCUCUCCGCAUCAGCGGCAACCCAUCCCUUGUCGCGUUUGACUGCAGCGAUGUUGGCGAGUGCGUGUGUCCGGGCUUCAAGGGUCCCCUCACACGCUGUCCUGCAUUCUGUGCUACCUGCCCCACCUACAACUGA